GCCUCCGUCGUGAAGAAAUUUCCACUCUUCUCGCGUGUCUCUUUCUUCGAGAACGAAAAUGACGAGGGUCGUUUUCGCAGGGAUUCGAAGGUUUGAUAAAUUCGUUGGAACGCGGACUCUUUCUUCUCUCGGAACUGAACGAUCCGCUUAAUUGCAUCCAGGCGGAACUUUCAUCGCGGAAUCACGAGCCACGCGAAAAAAAUAUCUCGUCGACUUUCUCCGCGAUCUUCUUUCAGUUUUAUUCUCACUUACGAAACCUGUAUCGUCGUCAUGAAACACGGAUUACGAGGUUUGUGUCUGUUGGCCUUCGUUUCCACGGGAAUUACAGUCAUUAUGGAACCAACAGAGGAAUCAAUCUUGCCCAACGAAGAUUCGACCAGUUUUAACGAGGCUUUCGGCGCCUGUUUAGCGAGGAAAGAAUUCGGCACGCUGGAAUGUGCGAAUCGUGGUGCUCUGAGUACUCUCCAGUCGCUUAAUCACAAGGACGAUCUAGAUUUUGGGAAUGUUCAUCUGGAGAGGGCCGACGGCCAAAGUAGAGAACUUGUGGAUUGGGAUUACGAUCCGAAAGAUUUUGGAAACAUCGUGAAAGCGACGACCAAGCUGAUCGAGCGUAGAAGUUUCAAGUGGAAUUUGGACAGCGUGUAUCCGGGACUGCAGUUGCGAGCUGGACCGAUGCUGAAUGGGAAUGGCAUCAUGGAAUUCGUGAUCAAUGAAAGAGCAACGACAUUUGGCGACAGGCAAGCUGGACCAGGAAGGCAAAUGGUGAGGCAUCUGCUGCUACCAUUCCUCCUGGGCUUCAAGUUCAACCUCGCUUCUCUCAUUCCGCUGUUGUUCGGAUUCUUGUUGAUACUCACGAAGAAAGCUUUGCUACUGACGAAGAUAGCUCUGGUGAUCAGUGGUCUGUUGGGCUGGAAUUCGUUAUUGUCACCCACUGGGCCGCCGCAUUAUCCAGCAGGAGGAUUCCAUACGCACGGACACGAGACACCGAUCGGAGGAUUCCCGUACUACGAACACUACAAUUUUCACCACAGACCGUACAGGGGAUUCCAGGGCAACGACUUCCAGCCGUACAGUCAGCAUGUAAUCAGAGAGGUCGUCGACGUUUACGAUAACGCGGAGGAAGUGGGGAAGAGCAAACGGAAUGGCAAGAAUUUCGUCUGGGUAAAAAGUAACUGACGUGAUCAACAAGAGGUAACAAAUAGGUGCUUUUAGUCUAGUGACUUUCAUCAAAACCGAAACUCGUGAUACGAUGUGUCGCGAAAAAUUUCUAUACUAUAGAAUUGUUCCUCUUGACAAAAUUUAGUUCCUUUCCUUUUAAUUUCUUUUGAUGGAGAGUAGCUGAUGGUUUUAGUCUAGUGAUUUCUAUCGAGACGAAAUUUCGCGAUGAUGUCCCGUAAAAAAAGAAAGAAAAAAAAAAAAUUGAGCCCGUUUAGAAAUUUCCAUACUACAGAAAAUUGUUCUCCUUCGUACAAUAUAUAUGUCUAUAUUUCUAUCGACAAAUAUUUUAUUUGGAAGAAAA